AAUGAAUUUUGAAAAUCUUGCGCUACGAAGUACGAACUACGAAGAACGACAGUUUUAUUUUGCUUUCUUCCAGUUCUGUUCUUCCAUGUCUUCCUUCUUUCCUUCUUCCUUAAUUUCACGAAAGUCGAAUAGGUGUAAAGCCAAAUAAGAAUAAAACUUAUAUUUAACAAUGCUUAAAUAAUUUUGUGGUUAAUAAUUUACUGGCCUGCUGGUUCGAUUUCGGAUCCGAACUUCGGUGGCCGAUUAUCAUUUGUCUCUUCUCGAACUAAACCUGUCCAAUGGAGUGUGAGAAAGGACCCUUGCAGUUCGUGCCAGCCUAUCCGGAUACGAAACCAUAUCAGUAUCAAACUGUUCGCGGAAUGUGCAGGUUCCCUGGUGAGCAAGGGCUUGGCAAUCCCGCAGUUUCGUCUCCUGUUUCUGUGCCAACAACUCAUGGAACCCAGAUACCACGAUUACCCAUGGGCUUAAGUAAGCCUUACGGGUUCAGUGAUUGUUAUACCGCCAAUGGUAUUCCGUCCGCACAUCUGCCCGUUAGAACCCAAAUUCCGAUUCUGCGGAUGCCUGUGAUCAGUGUAAUGGAUAGAUUCCAGUUGCCCCCGAAGCCUCCCUGUGAUUCAGGUCACCGGAAUGGCACGUUCUGUGUUGCGCGACCACUGAAUAUCGGUCCAUGUGGUUUUCUGACAACGAAUUCAGCGCAAUAUCCGCCGGUAGUUUCAUUCAUGCCAGAGCGGAUUCCCAUUUUCCCGCUUGGUGCUAAUUUACCGCCACAGAAUAGAGCUCAUUUUCCAAUGGUGCGCGCAAAAACCAGCGGUUUGUCUGCUACGGCUCUUCUGACUCAACCAACACUGCCACUCACACCAGAGCAUGACAAUCCAGAUAACGACACUCCCAUUAAUAAAUUAUCGCGGAUUGCUCGAUUUAACAAAGUGACAUUGUUAUACAGUUUAGUUGAUGAAAAGGGACCUGCCCAUGACAAGCUUUUCAUAGCAAAAGUUGCAUUAACUUUUCCUGACGGCACAUUGGAGUUUUUCGGAGAAGGGAAAAGCAUUAAAAAGGCCCAGCAUGCUGCCGCUCUCCGUGCUACCCAGUGUCCACGAUUGCGAGCGGUUCCGGAGAAAAAGUCAGCAUCGGGCGGAUCAUUAAAAUCGGUUGAUGCACCACCAGUAGCCCGACUGAAUGCACUGGCCGUUAAAUUGCGAUCCUGGGCUAAUUACCGAGAUGCCCAGAUCCCGUCGCCUUCCUACUGGCAGACUGGAGAACUGUUAUGGAGUACCACUGUCGCUGUGUGCGGAAAAAGUUUUGUUGGUUGGGGAAUGAAUAGAAUAGUGUCCCGGAACUUGGCAGCUCAGGCUGCUCUGGAGUAUUUUGACCGCCAGAAAGAUAAUCGCGAGCCGCCAAGUGGCACGACCGAUACUCCGCCACAGGUAGCUGACAAUGAGAAAUCCGCCGUCACCCGUUUGUAUGAAGAGGCAGCACGACGACAGAAAGACGUUGAGUUUACUUACACUGGCUGUGAUGGAGCUGGACAUAACCAAACACAUGCUUUCAAAUGUAUCGUGGGUUUAGUGGAAACAAUUGGGAAAGGGACAAGUAAGCGUGUUGCGAAACAUGAGGCUGCACAGAAAAUGCUGGAAAAUCUGGAGAUUAGUGCGGAUGGGUGUACCACCAAUUCAGGUACCGUGGAGAGAAAGCGCAAGACGAACUUAGUGAAGAGUGCCAAGGCUAAGCCUGAAUAUGGCAAGCAUAUCAAUCCUGUCUGUCGUUUGUAUCAAGUGCAGCAGGCCCAUGAUCAACCGAAUCCGAUCUUUGAAGAUAUGGACGAGACUAUCAGUCCGGACAAUAAAACAAAAGAAUUUACGGUCAGUGUGAAAAUUCCUGGUGGUAUUACCGUGCUGGGAUCAGGUUCCAGUAAGAAGCUAGCCAAGCGUUUUGCUGCUGAAAAUAUGCUGAAGGCUUUGGGACACCAUUUACAUUGUCCCCUUCCACAGAAAUCGUUGUUGAAGACGGCUAAACUUUCACUGCCGGAGCAAGUUGAGGGUGACAGAAAGGUGACGUUUGAUUUACAAAAUCCCGAAUCAGAAGACAAGCACAAUGGGGAAAUGUACAGGAAACGUUUCUCGAAAUACCCGCAGCCAGAGUAUUUGUAUCCCAAAGAGAGCGUAUCCGAAGUGUUGUAUGAAGCAACAUCCAACUUGCAGCAAGGUCGUUCUCUAGCGCCUGGUCUGAUCAGCUUACCUCGCAGCCGAACACCGGUCAGCACUGGUAUUCCGGUUAAUACCAUAUCGGCUAUUGCCAAAGAAUUACUGGCGCACAGUCAGUCGUCAAUUGCACAAGAACUGAUUUCGAAAUGUAGUCGUGAUAUGGAUGUGCCGGACGAGCUCUGCUCUGAACCGUUAUCCUUGCUGGAGUAUUUAUGUCGGGUGGUUAACAUGACUCUGAGUCAUGAGACGUUUUCCCGACAAGGGCCCCAUUCCGUGUACUCUACGGUUUUAACCGUGGGAGAGCCUGUCAGCAGUAUUGGAUGUGGAUCUGGACCAAAUGCCGAAUUAGCCAUAAAGGACGCAGCAUGGAAUUUGCUGCAUGUGAUUAGCGAGCAGGGUGAGGUUAAAGAAGGGGAAAAGGGAAGGCGAAGGAUGGAAACAGUAUUAAGGGAUGUAGCAAUGCUGAAGUGGCAAACGCCGGUCAUGUCUGACAGACGAUCUUGGAUGUCGACCGUGACUUCGCUGGGGUUGUGGCUUUGCCAGCUGUGGUUAAUUGCUGUGAUUGGUACGGUUAGGCUUAUCUGUGACUUUGGAAAUUUUAUAAGUACUCUUUCGGUUUGACUGGUGCAUAAUGAUGUAUUGAAAAA